AUGUUCAAAUUCGUUGUCUUGUGCACCUUAAUCGUUGCUGCCUCAGCUAUCUCCAAAUUCGGUGGUCGUGGUGGUGGUGGCCAUCACAGCUCUGCCUCAACAGAUGAUGCCCAUGCUGAAGUAACCCAUUUUGCCUCUGAUGUUCGUGCCGAUGGCUUCGAUUAUACCUUUGAUACCACAAAUGCCAUUCAUGCCGCUGCCUCCGGCAAUGCCAAUGGUGAUAUUCAAGGUGACUUCAGUUGGAUCUCUCCCGAGGGUGAGAAUGUUGCCGUCCAAUAUGUGGCCGAUGAAAAUGGCUAUCAACCCAGCAGUGAUGUUUUGCCUACUCCCCAUCCCAUUCCUGAGGCCAUCUUGAAGGCUUUGGAAUACAUUCGCACUCAUCCCUCCAAGGAAUAA